GUAUUUCAUCCAACUUUUUUUAGUAAAGUAGAUGUUCAACUAAACAUAAGCCAAUUUGGAAACUGCAACUUUGCCAUGAUCAACCAAAACCAUUUUUCCAGGCAUCAUAUUUUCAGGAAUCUUCUUCUCAGGAACAACAUUUCUGGAAAAAUUCUUCCCGUGAACCAAAUGAGCCUUAGAGUUUUCAUUGCCUUUAGUGAUGCUAGUAAAGCUGGUGAAGUGCGAUUUGAAUUUCCCUUGUUUUGCGGCCUUUUUGAUCUGGGUUUUCCUUUAUCAUAUUGUUCUAGGAUUUUCCUUUCUCCAGCUAUGUUAGUAAUUUGUCUCCUAUACCGUUAGUCAAUGCCAAGCUUGGUGUGCCGGCUUAUGGAGAUAUCAAUUUUCCAUCCCCAGAACCUGUGUUUACAUCGCCACAUGUUAAUCACCCUAGAAAACUGAAAAGGUAUCAGUCUUUUUAGAUGUUACUUAUCUAGGCAGAAUAGUUUUAGAUGAUUAAAAUCGUCUUAUUACGCCUGUUGUUCUUAUCCAGACCUCAACAUCUCUUCCUGAAUGGUGCCGAGAAGUUUCAUCCUGUGUAUGCCUAUAAUGCCACAACAUGCUCAGAAAGUGCACAGAUUAAUGGACCAUUUAUCUCAACAUCGAUGUUUCAAUUUGUCCCUUGCACUCAGAAAGAAUGUGACGAUGAUUGUGACUCCCAGGAUCAACCUUGCAGCAGUCCUUCAAGUUGUGUUGAUGCUUUUCUCACAAAUCCUUUGGAAAUUUGUGACAACCCCUCUGGUUCACUGGAUCUUUGUUCGAAACAAUCUGCCGAAGUGCCUGAACCAAUACAGGCUGACUGUACUAGUGUCAAUGAAAUACAAAUGAAAUGUUGCAAGGAGGAUUUUCGCCAAUUGCAACCUAUUACUCCAUCUGUUUUGGUGAAUGAGAGUACAGCUGAUUCCAUGGAGUGUUAAACUUCUUCUGAUUUACCUGAUCUGUGUUCUGAGCAGGCUUCUGAUCUUCCUCAAGCUUUACAGACUGAUUUUACAAGCACCAAGGAAACCAAUGCAGAGAUUCAUGUCUCCAAUGUCGAGAAAUGUAUGGUUACUAAAUCUAUUGAAAGUUUAGGUUCAUCACAUCAAGCUAAAGAGGGCCCUGCUGGAGAAGAACCAGCUUGCAUUGUUGCUCAAAAUGAAAGCAAGUUGAAAAUGGCUGAUGAGGCCAAGGAAAUUAAUGAGAGAUCACUUGAGCAUCCAGGACUGGUUUCUACUGAUGUCAAUAUUGGUUUGGAUUCAUGCAUAGUAGCUACUUGCUCCCAUCACGAGCCAAAAUCAAUGGAUCAGAAUGCGGCAAGUUAUCCUUGUUUUGGCUUAAAGAAUAAGGAUGGCGAUGUUGUGGACCUUAAUAAGGCAAACCCUACCACUUCAGUGAUGGGUCCCAAUGGAACAGAAGAUGCUAAUAAGGAUCUUGCUGAAACUGGAAAAUGGGGUGAGCUAGAUUCAUCCCCUCAAUGGCUACCAGAAACUCUUCAGGACACUCAGGCAGUUGACAAGCAUGUUGAUGAUUCGAGAACAAUGCACAUUGUAUCUGUUGAGAACCAGUUUCCUUAUUAUUAGGAGGCACAUAUGAGCUCUUAUAUUGCAUGCCUUAAGCUUCCAAACCAGACUAGUAAAGAGGGUACACAACAUCAACGUGGCACGCGCAAACAUCUUCAAUUUGAGGCUGUGUGCAUCGGAAACUCUAGGAACUCCACCAAUGAUGUGUCCAAUGCAGAGUCACCAGCAACUCCUCUGAACAUGGGUACCAUAAGUGCUUCUUAUGCAGAAUCGGCUGCAACCUCCAGUAACAAGCAAUCGGUUCAAUCUUUUUCUGGGAAUUUUCUGUGCAGAUUGCUACUUAAGAUUGAUAGCUCAGGCCAAAAGAAGGGAAGCUUCCCUGCGAGAGCUCCUAAGCCAUCUGGUGUUGGCUUUCAUUUAAAUAGCAUUGGAAGUUCAGGAUCAAUCAACUGUAAUGUGAACAUGCAUGAUACAAGUUUUCGAGGACAGAAGUCACACUCGGGGGGUAAUAGUGAGGUUUCACAAGAGUUAAAGAAUCACUUAGCUUCAACGAGCUUAAAAGGACAGGAUUCAGCUAUAUUAACUGUGAUUUUGGAGAAUAAUUUUGCCAAUGGAAACAGUGAAGAGCAAAAUUUAGAGAAUCAGGAAAUAAAACUGCCAAAUUCUUCAGUUAGUUACCAACCUCCACUUGAUGCCAAACCUCUUCAAAGCUCUCUGCAGCCCAAGUUUAUUGAUCACUACAUGCUUUCUUGUAAUAUGAAAAGGCCACUUUCAGAUGGUGCUAGCAGUUCCAUGGAGUCAACUCAAACAUGUCCUGGAAAGAAGAGGAAAAGGGCACCUGAAAAUGAUGGGCACAAGCAUUGCAACUGUAAGAGAUCAAAGUGCCUGAAACUCUACUGUGACUGCUUUGCUGCUGGAACACUUUGCACCAAAGCUUGUGCAUGCCAAGAGUGCUUUAACAGAUCUGAACAUGAAGAUACUGUUCAUGCAGCCAGGCAACAGAUAGAAUCUCGAAAUCCACUGGCCUUUGCUCCUAAGGUUGUCCUGCAGGUCACCAAUCCACUGAAAGAUGAUGGAGAGAAUAAGCACAUGACACCAGCCUCAGCCAGACAUAAAAGAGGAUGCAGUUGCAAGAAGUCACUUUGCUUGAAAAAAUACUGUGAAUGCUAUCAGGCUGGUGUUGGUUGUUCGUUUGGAUGCCGAUGUGAAGGUUGUAAGAAUACGUUUGGCAGGAAAGAUGGUUGUGGUGAAAUCAUCGAAAUAGAGCAUAAAAAGUUGGAAGGUAGCUGGGAGAGCGAUCCAUCUUGUGCGAUACUCGAAGGCAUAGAUCUCAAGAGGGAAGCAGUAGUCAGCACCAACCAGCGUCGGUCACACCUUUCCCCUGAUACACCAUCAAUCCUAGGUCAAAGUGGAAGUGAUGUACCCAGAUCUCAUUUCCCUGCAAGAUAUUAUGCGUCACGAGAAUCCAGUGCAUCAAGUUUACCAUAUUAUGGAGGGUCUCCAAGUCCUCCAGUAGAUUUGAUGAGCAAUAAUGCAUCAGAACGUGCAGGAGAAAAAACUUUGCCUCUAGUCCCCGAUUAUCAGGAACCCGAAUGUCGUCCAUCUGCAGUGGAAGUGGAACCAUUCUCUCAUGGAUGGGGUGGGUUUCCGGACGUGUGCAAUCCCUGGCCAAAUCCUUCAAGUGCUCGUUGCGUCUCUGUUGCAUCGAAAAUUAGAAGACCAAAGAUUUUGCAGAUAAAGUUGUUUCAAGGAAGUGCUCGCUUAUCAGAGGGUUCACUCUGUUGGCGCAGUUCACCAGCAACUCCGCCACCUCCAUUAGGUGAAAGCAGGUUGGUAGUGGAGCCAGAUUCUGGCAGUGGGGUGCAUGACAAUCCGGAGGAUGAUGAUACUCCCGAGGUUUUGAAGGACAACCGCAAGGCAGCCAUGGCAAGAUCUCCCAAACAGAAGAGGGUAUCUCCACCAAACAAACGCGCGCACGAGAGUAGGUCUGGCUCUUCAUCGGGUCUCAGGAGUGGUCGCAAAUUCAUAUUGCACUCUCUGCCCUCUUUUCCUCCGCGUACUCCGUACGACAAUUAUUCUAGAGGCAAUGGUGCGUGAACUGCCUUCCACUAAUUUUGAGGAUAUGAUGUCACGAUCCGUAUCUCAGUCGGCAUGUGCUGAUUUGUGAGAAAAAGCAGCAGCCGUGAGGACUUGGAAUCUCGGCAGAAGGGGCAUGGGUUGGGUACCGGUGGUACAUAAACUGUCAAUUUAUUACUCUAAUACCCUACCAUUCUGCGAAUGCACUGCUUCAUAUCAAGUAACGAAUAUGUUCAGAAAAUAUUCAAAAAGAAAAUGAAUGCAAGCUACCUGCACACCAGCCAAUUAGCUA